AUGGCGUUAGAGGACACGGAUUCCUUCGUCGAAAAGAUGGAUGACAAGUUCCAUGAUCAUAACUCCGAUUCCGAAUCCUACUCCGAUUCCGACGACGAUCAUGUCAAGAGGCCGCCGAUCAAGACCUCCGGAUCCAACGUUUACCGCCUCUUCGGCCGUGAUCAGCCCGUCCACAUGGUCCUCGGCGGUGGUAAACCUGCUGAUAUUUUGCUUUGGAGGAACAGGAGAAGCACAGGAAUUGUAGUUGGAGCUGGAACUGUCUUUUGGGUUUUCUUUGAGAUGAUGGAAUACCACCUGAUAACUUUUAUUUGCCAUUUGUUGAUUUUGUCCCUCGCUGCACUUUUCUUGUGGUCCAAUGCAUCUGUCUUUAUCCACAAGUCUCCACAGCACAUCCCACAAAUAGUAAUUCCAGAGCAUUGCGUUCUUGAGGCUGCUUCUGCUAUAAGAAUUGAACUAAACCGAGGCCUCGUUGUUUUGCGGGAAAUUGGAACUGGGAGAGAUUUAAAGAAGUUUCUGAGCGUUAUUGCUGUAUUAUGGGUUAUCUCGGUCAUUGGGGGCUGGUUCAACUUCUUGACCUUGUUUUAUCUAUUCUAUUUGUCACUGUUCACAUUGCCACUGCUGUAUGAGAAAUAUGAAGACCAGGUUGAUGCAAUUGGUGAGAAGGCAAUGAUUGAGAUAAAAAAGCAGUAUGCAGUGUUUGAUGCUAAGGUUUUGAGCCAGAUACCAAUAGCAGGAUUCAAAAAGGAUUAG